AUGUCUACGACAUCGGAGCAGAGAAAGCUCGAACUUGACCGCAAAAAGCAGAAACUUGCGGAAUUGAAAUCACAGAGGAAGCGUGAUGAAGAAUCCAGAGUACAAAAUUUGCUCCGCGCUCCCACUGAAAAUGGAAAUGCACAGAAUGGAGCUUCACAUCGGCAGACGUUAUCCUCAGAUCAAGUAGAGGAAAUUCUUCGCGAGGUCGGAAUAAGUGCUGAACCAACGAUUCGUGAAGAAUCACCAGCACCGCCACGUGGAGCUCAUUCUGAAAAUCACCUUGAUCCGAUGUCUGCAUCAGCCAGUCAUCCACGAAUUUCAUCUCUUCUUUCUGUUGAUUUGGAGUUUUCAAGUGUGCAAACGGCUUCUACUGAUAACAAAGACUCGGCGAUUUAUUCGAAAGGAACGCAAACUGACGACGAGCGCAUCUCCGUGGGCGAAUUCUCGUUGGGAAGUCAAGAAUUCGAUUAUGACGACGAUAUGAUUAUGCCAAUUGAUCAUGGUCAGUUCAGAGGUCGUGCACAUUCUCAUGAUCAGGAUUCUCCUCUUCCAUACAAUGAGGAAAUCGCCAAACUCCUAGGCCAAACUAAGCAUGCGGAUAAGACUUUGACACGUCAAGACACCGAAGAGAAGAAGUCACAACAUGUCCAAACAGUGCAACCACUCAGUGAUGAAGAGAAGAAUCGACUGACAUUAGAUCCUGAAUUCCUGGAUUCAUUCAAUCGAUCAUGUAAAGUCAUUGGUCGAGCUCUUAAUGAAGACAUUGAUAUUUUCAUCAAUUAUACGAAAGAUCCAUAUGAGAAAGCUGUAACAUCAGACGAUCUUCUUCAUUUGGCGCAAGUGUAUUAUGAUGAGACGUGGACCGCUAAAAGAUUGGUGACAGGAAUGGCAUUCUCUGAACAUCACUCUGAUUUAUUGGCUGUUUCUUAUGGACCGUGUGACGUUCCCAAUGAGCCACCUGGUGUCAUUGUCGUCUGGAAUACAAAGUCCAAACGUAUCACUGCUGAAUUCAUUGUCUACUGCCAAUCCGAAAUUCAAUCAGUCGCUUUCGCCCGAUUCCAUGCUCAUUUACUUCUCGCUGGAUGUGAAUCCGGGCAAAUUUGUGUUUGGGAUAAUCGGUUGACGAGUCGCAAGCUGCCAAUAAAUAGGAGUCCCCUCACAACACAGGCACAUACACAACCGGUUUCAUGUCUCGCUGUUGUCGGUACCAAAAACGCGCACAACUUUGUUUCAUUGAGUCGAGACGGGAAAAUUUGCAGUUGGAAUGUUGACAAUUUGACACAACCUGUUGAUGGAAAAGAGAUGAUGGCGAAGGAUGGAAAACCAGCUUCGGCAACAAGAAUGUCAUUCCCAAUAGGGGAAAUGCAAACUUUUGUGGUUGGAACUGACACUGGAGAUAUUCUAGCAGCAUCAAGAAAUGGUGCAGAUCCAACUAUCAUUAAAACUGAUGUUUGCUACAAAGGCCACAACGGAACUCUGACUGGAAUCGAAUUCCAUCGUGCUUCAGGCGUCGUUGACUUCUCGCAUCUUUUCAUUUCUUCCUCUCAUGACUGGACGAUCAAACUGUGGAGUACGAAAGAUGCAAACCUGAAAUUUUCUUUCGAAUCCCAUCCGGAUCUUGUUUUGGACGUUGCAUGGUCCCCAGUACAUCCUGCCGUUUUCGCAUCGGUCGAUGCCGAUGGAAAUAUUUUUGUUUGGAAUCUGAACGAAGAUGUUGAAGGCCCAGUUGCACGACUUCGUGCUGGUGCUGAAGGAGAGACGGUCUAUAUGAACAAAUUGAUUUGGUCCACUGACGGAAAGCACGUGUUCGUUGGUGAUGAUGAAGGUCGGGUGCAUAUGUACGAUGUUCGGGAAAGUUUAUACGUGUUGAAGAGUGAAGAGUGGAAUCGGUUUGCUAGAGUGCUAUCUGACAUGAAAGAAUCUAACGAGGAGGCCGAGAAAUAUAACUUGUAG